AUGGCUAGCAACGACGCUCCAGACAGGUUUAUGAGUCUCCCACUCGAGGUAAGACAUUCCAUCUUUGAGUAUUUAUCAAACCGCGCAUCAUUGAUCGGCAAGAAUAACCCCAAGCGGCUUCUACUUCACUGGUUUGAGAAGGAGGAGUCCGAGAACAUCAUUGCUGCGUACAUGCGUGAUCACCCAGAUUUUCCUGAGCCGGUCUUUUCUUACAGCUACAACAACGUCAUCUGUGCAAGCGAGGAUGAUGGUAGCAGCAGCGAUGGCGACACCACUGAUGAACCCGAGACGGACACGGAAGAGGAAGAUGAUGAUGAGGAGGACGAAGACGAAGACGAAGACGGCGAAGACAGCGAAGACAGCGAAGAAGGCAGCGAAGACGAUGAAGGAGACGACGAAGAAGACGAUGAAGAUGGCGGAGGUGACGAAGAAGGUGGUUAUCUAAGGGGGAAUGGGACUGUUGGAUGUGAUACGUACGACAGUUUGCGUCGGGCUAUUGUGUAUCCCAGCGCCAAGUGGCAUCAUGUCCCAGAGUUCAUCUCAUUGUCCCACUUUCCGCCACCCAUCGAGCUACUCUUGACGUCUAGACAACUGAGCAUCGAAGCCAAGAACUGGUUCUACAAUGUCGCUGUCUUACGCAUCAACGCAACUCGCAACAUUGCUCAUACAUCCUUCUUCGAGGAAGCAUUGGGGAAGAUUGCCGAUGCCUCUUUCUCACCUAUGCGAAACAUUCGAAAGGCCGAAGUGAAGUUUAUUUGGGACUCUGCGUGGAUACGGACCGAUACGACUGGCCUUGCGGAGGCUGUAUUUCCUGCUCUUCUCCAACAGCGAGCUGUGUUCGUCCACAAGAUCUUGUCGAAGGCCCCUGAUCUACAAAAGGUUGACAUCAAGUGGCACGACUCUGUUCAAGAUAGCGAAAGCGCCAAUCUGAAAAUGGAAGUCCUCAAGCACUUCCAAACGUUGUCGGCUACGGUCCAAGUUGAGGAGCACUACCGCGCUGCUGAUGCUAAACCUAAAAGGCAUAGCAUCGCUGGCAAGCGUCGCCUUGAGUUCGAGAGUUUCUUGAGUAACUUGAUGCUUGGCCAUCCUUCUUAA